UUCCCGCCGCUCUUCAGACAUUUGUCCCUGCAGCACUCGCUCUCGUCUGCCCUCGAAGAUCGACACAUCGAUUGCGAAGUUGUCUGCGCAGGCCGAUUUGUGAUACUUCCAGCGAGAUCGGUGAGCAUCGUCUGGGUUUUACGCUCUCGUCGUAGCAGAAACUUGCAAACAUGCCAGGGGCGCAAGUUGUUCCGGGAGGCGGAGGUGGGAAAACUGAGAAGUAUGUGGACAACAAGCGCAAGGAUGAUAUCAGAAUGGCGAACAUUGCUGCCGGCAAGGCAGUCGCUGAUGCCGUGAGGACUAGCUUGGGUCCCAGAGGUAUGGAUAAGAUGCUGUCUACCGCCAAUGGGGACGUUAUCAUCACCAACGACGGAGCCACCAUCUUGAACAAGAUGGAGGUCUUGCAACCCGCUGCUAAGAUGCUCGUAGAGUUGUCCAAGUCACAGGAUAUUGUAGCAGGAGACGGAACAACAACAGUUGUCGUCAUUGCUGGAGCUCUUUUGAGACAGUGCCAAAUUUUGUUGGGAAUGGGAGUUCAUCCGACAGUCAUUUCGGAUGCACUUCACAAAGCUUCAGAGAAAGCAGUCGAGGUCCUGACUGCUAUGGCCGUCCCCGUUGAACUUAGUGACCGUGAGUCCCUUGUUAAGAGUGCGAGCACAUCAUUGAAUAGCAAGGUGGUGAGUCAGUACUCGUCUCUACUAGCUCCCCUUGCCGUAGAUGCUGUUCUUAAUGUGAUUGAUCCUGCACGACCGAACUCGGUGGAUUUGCGAGAUGUGAAGGUGUUGAAGAAACUUGGAGGCACAGUCGAUGAUACCGAAAUGAUCAAGGGACUGGUUUUUGACCACAAAGCUAGUCAUACUGCCGGGGGUCCUACGCGUGUUGAGAAUGCGAAGAUUGGUCUUAUUCAGUUUCAAGUCUCGCCUCCCAAGACGGACAUAGAACAAAACGUUAUUGUGUCCGACUAUACACAGAUGGAUCGAAUCCUCAAGGAGGAGCGAAAUUACAUCUUAGGAAUGAUAAAGAAGAUCAAGGCAACUGGUUGCAAUGUUUUACUCGUACAAAAGAGUAUAUUACGAGAUGCAGUUACGGAUUUGUCUUUGCACUAUCUCGCAAAGGCCAAGAUCCUCGUGGUAAGGGAUGUGGAGCGCGAGGACAUUGAGUUUAUUAGCAAGACUUUGAACUGUCUGCCCAUCGCCAACAUCGAGCACUUCCGAGCUGAAAAAUUGGGCCAGGCUGAUCUAGUGGAAGAAAUACAUGUUGGAAGCGGAAGCAUUGUGAAAGCUACCGGCAUAAAGAACAUGGGACGGACAACAACAAUUUUGGUCAAGGGCUCCAACGCUUUGGUUUUGGAUGAAGCCGAACGAAGUUUGCAUGACGCGCUCUGUGUAGUAAGGUGUCUCGUCAACAAACGGUUUCUCAUUGCAGGAGGAGGUGCUCCGGAGAUCGAGGUCUCACGACAAUUAGGAGCUUGGGCUAAGACUCUGCACGGAAUGGAAAGUUACUGUGUCCGUGCUUUUGCGGAGGCUCUGGAGGUUGUACCAUAUACUCUAGCUGAGAAUGCAGGCCUCAACCCAAUAUCUAUCGUAACAGAAUUGAGAAAUCGUCAUGCUAACGGAGAGGUGAACACGGGCAUCAAUAUACGCAAAGGACAGAUCACGAACAUCUUGGAGGAGAACGUUGUUCAGCCUCUUCUAGUCAGUACUAGUGCCAUUUCUUUGGCAACUGAAUGCGUGAGGAUGAUCCUCAAAAUUGAUGACAUUGUUUCAACGAGGUAGAAUUUAAAGUUUUAGACUGCUCAUUUUAGGAUUUUUGCCAGGCUCACAUGCGGAUGGGUGAUUCGAACAGGACAAGGCAAUCCACACAAUUUCAAUUUUAGAUCUUCUUGUGUGGAAUGAGCUUGGUUAUUCUACAACCAUCCACAAGGAGUUCUUGCGUCGGUGAAGUUGUGCUAGAUUCAGUUGAGUUCAGUGAGCUGCAAAUAGAAAGAUGGCCCUCAAGGGAAGCUCUGUAAUGUAAUUUUUCGGAUGUAUUGUGAGCAAUAUUUCUUGAUGAGUUCACAAAACUUGUCUUAUGUU